ACCAACGUCAAUCGUCUACUCGAUAAACAACCGUGUUUUGCUAUCCUUUCCGAUAAUUUUUGACAUACACAAUCGACUGGAAGCAUGUUGAAAGCUCUAUAACUCAUCGUUGACGACAAUGCUUGGCCGUUGACGUCGGUCAUCGUGAAAUCAACAGUAAUCAUGUAUGGUAUCGUUUCCGAUAGUUUCAAACACGAAUAACCGUUUGGAACAACUUUGAAAUCUCUACAUUUCAUUCUUGUUCUACCUACAUGUUUACAACAGGUACUCUAAAUUUGAAAUACACAUUCGAAUUCGUGAGACACCUGGUCUAACCCACUAGUACAUUGCACAAUCGGGAUUAUAACGUGUCAUACAACACACAUAGCGUAACAUAACAGCAUGUGUCUAACACACGAACGACGCGGUGUCAGGCAACGUGUGAAGGGGCUUAUCCGGAGCUUUGCGUUAACAUAAUCGGAAGAUUCGAUUGUAGUGGAUCUACCGGUAAAUCGCUUCCUCUAACGCAUAUUAUUUGACUGCUGGUUAAAAGAUGGGGAUACUAUGAAUGAGCGACGAAAAGAGGGAGAAAUAGGGGUCAAAGUCAAACGGUAACGAAGCUCGGCUCAGUUGUCAUUUCUUCGCUGUGCCAGCUGCAUUCGUCGUCGAUCGACUGCUGUGCUGUCUGCGAUUAAUCGAACUCUACGCAGCAACAGGUAAAUCAUAAUGUCACCGUCGGUCGAGCCGUUUCCAGUUCAAAACUUAAACGAGCUUCUAGCUGAAAGUCUGGGCAAAGAUAUACAAGUGAAGCAGUUAGAAUGGAGGCCGCUAACUGCUCCAGGGGAGAACUUUGGAAGCGUAAUGUUGGCCAUCAACGUCACAGUGACUCGUCUGAACAGGACGGACACUUUGCAUCUAGUUGGCAAACUACCGCCCACAUCGGCCUAUCUGUUGGACCUAUUUAACAGUCCUGUAACAUUUAAGAAGGAGCUACUAUUCUACAGUUCAAUGGCGAAAGAGUUCACGAAACUUCAACUGGAAAGCGGCAUAAACGAGAAGGAUGUAAGCGACCUGGCUCCCAAAUACUUUGGCGGAAGAUUAGGUCUGAAAGACCCGGAGGUAUUCGAUCAUCAAGCGGUUAUCGUCCUGGAAAAUCUCAAAUACAACGGCUACAACACGGAGGACCGUAUCUGGGGGUUGGACAAAAUCCACACGGAGUUUGCUCUGGACGGUCUGGCCAGGUUACACGCGCUCACCAUAGCCCUGAAGCUCAAGAAGCCUCAGUUAUUCCAGCGAAUGGUAUCCGAGGUGUUGACCGAGGUGCUGAACGACACCACUGAGAAAUGUGUGAUCGACAUGAUCAGAAAAGCUCAGGCUGACAUCAACAACAUCGCGGAGAUGAAACCGUACAUGGACCGUGUGAACAAAACCAUAGAGCAUGGCAUCCAAGCGAACAAGAACGCUGGACAAGCCGAAGAGCCGUGGGCAACCUUGGUCCACAAUGACUUCUGGGUGAACAACAUGAUGUUCCGACACGAUCAACGCGGACAGUUGAUCGAUAUGAAGAUCGUGGACUUCCAGUUGUGCGUGUACGAUUAUGGGGUCAAUGACCUGAUCUUCUUCUUGGUGUCCAGCGCGAACAAAGACAUACUGGAUAAUAAACUGGACGAUAUGAUCGAUAUGUAUUACUUCCGUUUCGUAGAGUUCUUGAAGACUCUAAAAGUGGACACAGACAGAUUCACCAAACAGAAAUUCGACCAGAUCGUGAAUCAUUGUGCGACGCUCAAGUUCAAUCAGUGCAUGAUGAUGGCACAAGUCAUCCAAGCUCCUCGGGCGUCCACGCCGGAGAUCAAGGAAGUCAAAGGGGAUGAUAUAUUCCUGAAUCGGGUAGGGGAUGAUGUGUACAAACAGAAGUUGGCGCACAUCGUGCAGCUGUUUGAUAAAAGGGGAUGGUUAGUUAAAUAGUUACCUGACGCUGUUAGAGAAAUUUUUUAUAGAUUCACACGCUUGUUUCUUGAUUUAUGAUCUUUUCUAAAUGAUCAAUAAUUCAUUUACAUUAUUUAUAUUCAACUUUACACCAUAUUAAUUGAACAUAAGUUUUCCCUUUUUUAUUAUACAGGCACGCAAAGCUUUAUGUGAUUUUAAUCUUGUUCUGAUUUUGGUCAUUUUUUUAGAAAGCUCUAUUUGGCAGAAAAGUGGAAUUUUUAUACUGAAUAUUAAUUUAAAUUGAAGAUAAGUAGAUUUAGCAAAAUCGUUGCAGUAAAUAUAAAGUUAAAAUUAUGUAAUUAUAAGAUCCCGAGACAGAUUUCAUUAGAAAAAAAAAUAAAGGUCAAAUACAAUAAUGAAUCUGAAACAAAAGUACAAAAUAUUUUAAGCAACGUGACGAUAAAUAAAAUUUAAAUUUUGUACUUUUUUAUAUUUUUUAAGUGAAUAUUAAUAAUUAUUAUUAUAAAUAUUAUAAUUAUGCAAUAUAUUAUGUACAAUAAUUUAUUAUUAAUAUUCACGUUUAUAAUAUAAUAAUAUAUUGUUUAUAAUUUAAUAUGUAAAACAAAAAUACAAAAAACAUAUGUAGCAUUUCUCCCAUAAAUCAAGAAAUAGGUCAUAUUUUUAUACACGACAAAAAGUACAAAAAAGUUGCAAGAAUGUCGAAAAUUUAUAAGGCAAGUUGAGACAAAAUGGUGAUUUAGAAUAAAUUGUUUAGCUGAUAGAUUUGUAGCCAAUUAAAGAUUUGUACAGGCCAUCUACUUUGAAAAUUACAUCUACUUUUCCAUACUUUCAUAUACCAAAAGAUAUGUUAAUUUUUGUAAAAAUAUUGAUAAGCGUUAACAGAUAUUAGAAUAUCAUACUAUCGAUGGUGAUAAAUAAUCGGAUCUUGUUCUGAUAAGUGAUCAGAAUCUAAUGAAUAAAUUCGUUUGUCCUAAACAAACCUACAUUUUCAAAAUAAAUGGCUGAUGUAGUGUCAAGGAACCACCAAAUAUGUACAUUCGUAAUGUUUAGAAUCGAAGCUUUAAUAAUAAUUUUUUGUAAAAGACAAAUUUGGUAGUUUUAAAUAUGCCUGUAACGUAUUGUACAUUGCACAAAACUAUUCUCUUUUUUAAAUAAAAGGUUUGUUUUAUUUACCGAAAAGAAUUGAUUCGCGGAAUAAAGAUACGGGAAGAUAAACUGUUUAAAGACCGCAAGAAUUACAUGCAGAUAUUUCAGUAAUCGUUUGGAUUCUUCCACUUGUGGUCAAACGAAAUGGAGAUGUUAGAAUCUUGUUUUGUGUUGCUUUGACGCAUAUCAUGCAACCUGAUAAUGACACGUAUUUUAUGUAACGUGACAUUGAAACACACUUUAAAGUACUUUUUCACUCUUGAUUAAUCGAGUGAGCUCUAUCGAGACAAUAAGUAGUCAAUUAACACAACAGUCAGACUUUUAAGACGAAGACUAUACAGUCUAUGCUCAUCGCAACGAGGAAACCUUGAAUUAUAUUUCAACUAUUUUGUAUGUUAAACGCUUCAUUUAUGUAACGGUGGAAUUUUAACAUUCCAUUUGAGUAAAAACGCUUAGACGUCAAUGAAAGCAAUUGAACGGAUUAAGUUAUUUGUCCACAAAAAGAAUUUAAAGAAAAACGCCUGAAAAAUGUAGUACAUUAUUUAAUAUAUUAAUUGUAAAAUUAAUAUUAAUAUUGCGUAAGUUGUAGUAUGGGGUUAAUAAUGAGCGUAUACGGAAACACCGAAAGAUGAGCGAAACAUAAUAAAUGUUUUGGAGGGCCUCUUAAAAAUAUGAGAUGGGUAUUUAACCUAACCCCAAAAGUUAAGUGAUAUGUAAAACUAAGG